UUCAUCUUAACGCUUAUAUUUCAUGAUUUGACGAAUGAAAUUGGAUUUAGUUUUAGUGUUAAUUAAAUUUUCAUCAAGGUAAAAAUAUUUCAGUUAUUAAAGAAACAAACUCUUGGUCACACGUUUAAAGGUAACCGAUGUUUAAAGAUGGAAUCGCAUUCAACAAUUACAAGCAACUCACAGCCCAAUGAAAGCUUUUCACUAAAAGAAGAUGCUGGUCUUGAAAAAAUGGUUUUUAGUUCCCGGAAAUCUUCAACUCAACGAUUUUUAGAAAAAGCUUUGAAUGAAUCUUCUUCAUCAAUAUCGACAAAUAAUAGAGAAUUUUAUGAGGAGAAACAACGCCAAUUCAACGCCAAUCAAAGUUGUCUAUCAAAAAUGACUGCGUCAAACGAACCAUUUAAAACGCGAAGGCAUUCUUCGCCCAAAGAAAAUAUUAGCUCGCAACAGUUAUCUUCAUACGUCAACAAUCCAUUACCAGAAUCAACAAAUGAAAAUGAAGCUAUAACGGAAAACGUCACCAGUCCAACACCUAAACGAAGAACAUCACUUUAUGAGCUAAAACAAGUUGCAGCACCCGUUUUAUUGAAAGGUCGUCGAAUAUCCUUACGAACACAAAGUUUGCUUGAACAAUAUGAAAAAGACAUGUCUUCCGAAAAAACUGAUUCAGCCAAAAUAGAAAUCAACGAAGAAUUGAAUCAACUAAAAAACGGAAGGAGAUCUUUAGGAGAUGUCAGAUACUAUUAAUUUUGUUAUGCUACAAAAAAAUUCGUCGAAUUACUUCGACUAAAGACAAUUUAUCAAAGAAGUAUUUUUGGAUAUUUAAUUAUUGUGUUAAUAUAGAAACUGUAUUUAAAUAACGGCUUGUAAUAAUUGUUCAUAAAAAUAAUAUUUUAUUUGUUUUAUUGUA